AUGGCUUCUCCCAAUCCUAUUCCCGCCGGCAUUAGCAAGGAACAGGCGUUUAGUAUGGCACAAACGGAGAUGGAAUAUCGUGUGGAGCUCUUUAACAAGCUUGCUCAAACAUGCUUUAACAAAUGUGUGGAUAAAAGGUACAAGGAAGCUGAGCUAAACAUGGGUGAGAAUAGUUGCAUUGACCGUUGUGUUUCCAAGUACUGGCAGGUAAAUGGAAUGGUUGGACAGCUUCUAAGUGCUGGCAAGCCUCCAAUGUAA